GCCGCUGGGGUUGACUGUUACCACCAGGACACGAAACCAUGUCUGACGGCGGCCACGACGAUCACGGGCACGAUGUCCACUUCGAGUCGGCCGAUGCCGGCGCGUCGCUGACCUACCCCCAGCAGGCCGGUACCGUGCGCAAGAAUGCUUACAUGGUGAUCAAGGGCCGCCCCUGCAAGGUGGUGGAUGUGGCCACCUCCAAGACGGGCAAGCACGGCCACGCCAAGUGCGCCUUUGUGGCUGUCGACAUCUUCACCGGCAAGAAGAUGGAGGACCUGUCGCCCUCCUCCCACAACGUGGACGUGCCCCACGUCUCCCGCACCGACUACACGCUGCUGGACAUUGGCGACGACGGCUUUGUGUCGCUGAUGGCGGAGAGCGGCGACACCAAGGACGACCUGCAGCUGCCCUCGGGCACCGACGACGCCGAGAAGCUGGCGGUGCAGAUGAAGGCGGACUUUGAGGCGGGCAGGGAGCUCACGGUGUCGGUGAUGAAGGCCAUGGGCGAGGAGCAGAUCUGCGCCAUCAAGGUCACCGGCCAGGCCUAAGCGCCCCGGCAGCGGCACUAGCAGCGGCAGCAGCAGCGGCGGCGGCCGCG